UAAAUUUCAGUUAUAAAUAUUUUUAAAAUUUCAGAGAAUAAACAAAUUGAAAAAUUAAUAUAUUUUAUUACAUUCCUUUCCAACCACAUUAAUUUUGCGGGUCAGGAUUUUGUACAAUGUUCUUUCAAUAAGCGGAAGUUUUUGAAGCGCAACCAUGAGAAUUAAAUUUAUCAAAAAAUAUCGCAUGUAUAAAAUCUCCUGACACUUGCCUGACUUGUAAUAAAAACGCUAUUACUCUUGCCGCACACAAAAAAGGGACCGUGUAAAAGAAAACGUGUCUUUUCGCAGCGGAAAGAAUUAAAAUCGCCUUGACCGUGCGCGCCGCGGUUGAUUUUCCGCGCAAGGUGUCGAUAAAAUAUAAAAAAAGAGCAACAAUUUUCGGCCUCCUCUCCGAUUUUGUGUUUUGAAGAGAAUAAGAGGAGGAUCUCGGUUUGAAUUUCCCUUUUUGCGACGCGACUAUUCUCUGGGUAGGGAGGCCGACGAGCAUCCCCGUGCCUAUAAAAGGCCCUCCUGCAUCCGCAGACUCCAAAAGUCCGCGCGAUCUUCAUUUCUUUGUGUGCGAUGCCUCCCGUUCACGCUGUGUUGUUGGUGGUGCUCUGCUGGGCAGUUUGCAGCUGCAGAGCGCAGACCAGCGAGGAGGACCUGAAGCGGCCCUACAGUUUCGGCUUCAACAUUGAAAACAUGCAGCAUCGCCAGGAGAUGAAAGACAGCAGAGGCAUCAUCACGGGCGAGUACGGCUUCGUGACCGCCGACGGAUGGUACACAACCACGUACUACGCCACCGACGAGGAGGGCAAAUUCAAGAUCCUCGGCCGCAAGAGAGAACGCGUCGGGCCGCCCGUCUUCCCUGUCCAACCGGUGGUGACCACCCCUCGGCCAACAACUACGACGACGACAACCCCUCGUCCGAGCACCGCCAAACCCCGUCCGGGCGGCAUCCCGGGUUGCGCCAGUUGCAUAAUCCCGACCACCACCCUCCGACCCCUGUCCAGCCCCUCAGGUUUCAAACCGAGCCCCGUCCAGGGCGGUUUCAGGCCGACGGCCCCCUACCCUCCGUCCGGCGCCCCCACCAGCAGACCCUUCUCGCCGACCAGCCCGCGUCCGGUGGUGACCAUCGGCUCGGUGUCCAGCACCGCCAACAGCAACUCGCAGAACAACAACAACAACUUCAACAGCAACCAAUUCUCGACGACCACCACCUUUGGCCUGGGAGGCUCUGCCGGCGGUCAGGGCGGCGCCGAACCGUCCGGUCUGUCCGGUGGGCCCAACUACCGGUUCAACUACACCGCGGGCUUCCACGGCCACCACGAGACGGGGCUCAAGGACGGGUCAAAGAGUGGCGGGUACUUUGUCAACACGAGGGACGGCGUCAGCCACAGGGUGACGUACGAGGCGGACGCUCGCGGCUUCAGGCCCAGGAUCAGCCAGGUCAGGCUGCCCGCCCAGGACACGCCGCAGGUGGACACCGAGAAGCUGGCCGGACUCAAGGGCUACGAGUUUGUCUGGUUCAACAGGAGGAGGUAGCUUUUCUGAAGGAAGGACUAACAAUUCAACCGCCCUGCAGUGUUCCGCACAACAAAAACUAUCAAAAUGUACAUAGUGAGAUAAGUAUUCAAAUCAUAGUCCACACUAAUUUAACUUUUCAAAUAAAGUAUAGAUUAAAUAAAC